AUGUCCGACAGCUUCAGCAACAUCCGAGUCUUCGUCCACUGGCGCGAUCAGACCGUCUUCGCGGGCGAGGCGGUCCAAUGCUCCUUCUCCCAAAGAGGAAUAUCCUCCCCGCUAUUCAAUGCUUCAUAUCCUCCCGAUCGAUUUGGUCGGAUACCUAGUAAUCCAAGAAGCCCCCAGUCGUCAACUGUCUCGGUACAGCGCAGGUCAUCCAAAACCUUGUCCAGCCCCAUGCCCGAAUUCCGAUUCCCCGCUGCACCCGCACCAGACUCGGAACCGGCUGCGAGCCCACGAAAAGCUUCAGGCAACAGUCUUCUCAGUCCGAGAACGGGGCCGGUUGACACCACCGUCCCUAUACGCUCAAAGGAGCAGAUCUCGCCUGGGCCCGACAGACCGAUCCUUACCGCCCGUAUACUCUCCAGCACGAGCAUGGCCGGAGGGACACCACGGAGCAGUGGUGAAUUUUACUCGAUAAGCAAUAAUUCGUCCGAGACGUUGGCCUCGGAAUAUGUAGCCCAGCCUCUAACCAGAGGUCCUGGGAGACCGUCGUAUCCGCGACGAGGCUCAGCCUUCUCCCUGCAUCAGUCAAGGACCGAGUCGCUGAUGAUGGGCUUUGCCCAAAUUCAGGGCUCUUUCUCUCUAGACGGCUCGCUUAUUAGCCUUGCACCCUUUGAACAGGUCAAGAAGAAGGCCGUUGUUGGCGGGCGAGGUGGAGGAGUGGUAGGACUGGAAUCGGGCCGCCGAGAGAAUGGCCUCCUGAGGGGCUUUGGCUGGGGAAGUAUAAGCAAUUCUCUGGGCGAUUUCCUCGGUGGUGGAGAGCUGAGCACCAUCAAGGAAAUGCGUGGUGUUGCAAACUCAAAGGCUGUUCCCUUACUGAGCACACCACAAUCGAUUCUCUUUGUCGACCUGCAGCUGGCUCCUGGUGAGAGCCGCUCAUUUGAGUACACAUUCAAGCUCCCCAGAGGGCUGCCUCCUACACAUAAAGGAAAGGCCAUCAAGAUUUCAUACAGCUUAGUCAUCGGCACUCAGAGACCAGGAGGGGCCAGGGAACAAAAUGUUCGGACAGUUGAGGUCCCAUUCCGUGUUCUAGGGAGUGUCAACAAUUAUGGCGAGAUUCUGGGGCAUGAUCUCAUGAAUCCGUACAUGUUACUACGCGAUGAGGCCUUAGUUAAGAUGGUUGGGAAGCAACAGAAGAGCCAUAGGGAACGCGAAGCCCCUGGGGCAUCAGCUGCUAUGAGCGACUUUUUAUCAUACGUCGACAGCCUGACAAAUCGACCUGGGGAUAAAACAGGUGGUUCGUUGCUGUCCCCGACGGCGACCCCAGAUUUGCGGCGUCUAUCAUCGUCAAGCUUUGACGACACGACCUCAGCUAAAGAGGCAAUCCGUCUCGCCAUCAUGAAGAGCAACUUGACUGGUCAAGGACAACAGAGCGCUAAUCGAUUCGAAAUUGCGCGGAAUGGACAGAGGGUCGGCGUGGUUAUGCUGACCCGGCCUGCUUAUCGCUUAGGAGAGGUCGUGACCAUGGUUAUCGACCUUUCAGAUGCAGACAUACCCUGCUACGCGGUUCAUGCAACCCUGGAAUCGUCAGAAAAAAUAGAUUCGACACUGGCUCUGCGAUCCGAUUCGAGUAUUCACAGGGUGACUCGCAAAGUAUAUGUUGCCUCUUCCGAAUCCACACUCUUCACCCGGCGAGUGGUUUUUACCCCCACGAUACCCAUCUCUGCUACGCCCGAGUUCGUCACCAGCGGCAUCAGCUUUGAAUGGAAGAUUCGCGUCGAGUUUGUUGUGCCGUCACAGGGCCACGAUGCCUUAAGGGGGCAGCAAACGCCGUUCCCAUUACUGGAGCAGAUUUCGAGGGACGACAAGGGGGGGUUGGUUCUCGUAGCAGUUGAGAACUUGGCAUGCGAGAGCUUUGAUGUGCCUGUGCCUCUGCGCGUAUACGGAGCUGUUGGGACUGGUUUGGAGCGGUUGGAGAGGGAUGAGGCGGCUGAUGAAGGGCUUGUGGUGUAA